AUGUCCGGGGACCCGCCGUCCGUGGUUCCGUCCAACAGUCCAAAGCACAUGUUGCUUGACGUGCGAAAUACCUCUUUUCAUGCAAAUGCACUCGUAGAGGCUGAUACUUCCAUGACAGUGGAAGAUGUCAAGCGCAAAAUUUCUGAGCACGUGCGCCAUACCAAAUGCGCUGCCGACGGAUGGCCUCAACCCCAUGCGAUCCGAUGUAUUUAUCGCGGUUCAAUCCUUUCUAAUGAUUCAAAGCUUGAGGUACUUCAGCUGGGUGAAUCACAGCCCGUGGUCAUUCAUAUCGUCGUGCAGCCAGAGGCCUGGACACCAUAUUCGCCUCCUGAGCUGCCUUCAUCUUCGACCGUGCAACAUGACGCAAAGAACCGUGCACCUUCCUUGUCUUCAUCUUUGCCUUCAUCUUCCUCAUCUUCUUCCUCCUCCUCGACAGAUGCCUCCUCUUCACCAUUUCCUCCAAAACCAACAACGUCACCGCUCACGCAUACUCCAGCAUCUGCACGUAUGUCACAGGUAACACACCCUGAUCCAUGUAUGCAGCGGCUCAUGGAGCUUCCCAGGCACGAGCAUAAGAGCAUGCUAUUGGCGCUGUACAUUACAUACGCAUCUUACUGCACGUUCAUGCACAAGAUACAGCAAACGUUGGACCCGAGCGCCGAGGCCAGGCUCCCGAUCGAGGUACACGCGGGUGAUCAUGCCUCAAUGCUGCGUACAGACGCACAGAUGCAGACUGAAGCAAUCAAAAUAGUGGACUCGUAUGUCAUGCAGUGGACAUCCCUCUUUGCCGAAUGUGAUCGAGCCUGCCAGAAUGACGCGCACACAACUCAACAAUAUUAUGAACCCGUAUGGAUAGAGGGUCUUCCUUUCUUACUGUGCACGAACAAACCGAUACCACCGCGCUCCGUGAUGGAGCUUCUUUCAACAUUGGACAAGCGGAUCCAUGCACUCAUGAAACUGUAUGUCCAGUUCUAUGCCUAUAGUAUUGAACAAAGAACUGCGGUAUCGAGUGCGACACGCGCAUCCUCUGAAUCCGAACUAGCGCACCCGCCGCGGCAACAACAGCAGCAACAACAGCAACAAGCCCGAAUCACAUAUGAAGACUGGAUGUCGUUAGCUCGCUACCUUCUGAGCUUGACUUGGCGCAUUGGCAUGACCGUACUCAUGUUUUUUCUUGACUACGUCGUACUAUACCCACGUAUCAUGGGCGCCUUGUUCGUUGCUUUCCUGUCUAUUGCAGGCCUUUUUCAUAUGAAGCGCCGGCUCUCUGAGCGGGCGCCCACAGAGCCACCUGCACCAACACCCUCGGCCGCACCACGAGCGACUGCCACUGCCACUCCUAGUGACACGGUGCAAGAGACAUCGUCUUCACGUCUUGGGCCUAUUGCAUCACAGGAGCCGGUGGUGCACACUACCAUCCUGGAGCUGCCACGCCUCCCACGGCGCACUCCCACAGCGCCUGUGUACAAGCUCGAGCACUGGCUCCAGCGCAUCGCAUGGUUUGGCCUCGAAGAGGAAGAAGUAGCUAUCGGCUUUGAUCACGUGUCGCCCACGGAGCCAUUGCGGGUUACCUGGGAGCCAUGUGCGUGGCCACCGCGACACGCGCAGUCACGCCCGUCAUCAGGCGUUCGCAUUGCAUCAUCCGUCCCGGCACUGGAGUAUGCUUGGAAAUUGAUAUACGUAUGUCUGGUGACGUUUGAGCCAGAAAUCGACAAGCUGCGUCAUGAUGCAAUUGGACUGCGCAAGGAUGCUAUCUGCACACUCGCUCGAAAGUGGGAGCAGCUGCAUGAGCAGGAACCUAGCGCUGUCGAAUCUUUCAAGCAGAAUCGCCCAGCUAUUUUGGAUCAUCCUUAUGCACAGCACCUGCUUGCAGCUGAAGUACAGAGGACGACCUAG